UUGAGCAAAAGAUGUCAAGUAUUAUAAUGCAAUUUAAGAUUCCUAGAGACACCAAUGAGAUCCAAAAUGGAAGAAGAAGUGGAGGCUACAAGCCUACUCAUUGGGAUUUCAACUCCAUUCAAUCGUUCGAAUUUGAGCAUAUGCAAGAGAAGCACGUCGAAAAGGUGGAGACUCUGAUUGAGAAGGUGAAGAAGUUGUUGCUGCAGGAGCAACGUUUAGAGCUGAUCGAUGACCUACGUAGGCUGGGUAUAUCUUGUCAUUUCCGACACGAAAUCGAUCAAAUAUUAAACUCCAAAUAUUUGGACAAGAAUGAGACAGAUGAAAGGGAUUUGUACUCCACAGCUCUUAGAUUCAUACUCCUCAGACAAUACGGCUUCAACGUCUCUCAAGAAGUGUUUGAUUGUUUCAAGAAUGACAAGGCUACUGAUUUCGAUACCAAAGGAUUGUUACAACUCUACGAAGCUUCGUUCCUAGCAACACAUGGCGAAGAAACCCUAGAAAUGGCUAAACAAUUUGCUACUAAAUCUCUGAAGAAAAGAGUAGUUAAUCAUGAAAUUGAAGAUAUCCAUCUCUUAUCAUCAGUUGAAGCUGCAUUGGAGUUCCCUUCUCAUUGGAUGGUUCAAAUGCCAAAUGCGAAAGCAUUCGUCGAUGCUUACAAAAAGAGACCAGACAUGAAUCCAAUUGUGCUAGAGCUAGCCAUAUUGGACUUAAGAAUUGUUCAAGCACAAUUUCUAGGAGAACUCAAAGAGAGCUCUAGGUGGUGGGAGAGUACAGGGCUUGCUCAAGAGCUUCCCUUUAUUAGAGAUAGAAUAGUUGAAUGCUACUAUUGGGGGACGGGAACCGUGGAACGCCGGGAACAUGGAUCUGAGAGGAUUCUGUUAACCAAAGUACUUGGUCUUAUUACAGCUAUAGACGAUAUCUAUGAUAUUUAUGGGACACUUGAGGAGCUCCAACUAUUCACAGAUGCUAUUCGAAGAUGGGAUAUUGAAUCAAUUGACAAACUUCCUCCUUACAUGAAAGUGUGUUAUCUUGCACUAUACAACUUUGUGAAUGAGAUGGCUUACUAUACUCUCAAGGAUAAAGGCUUCAAUUCCAUCCCAUUUCUACGCAAAGCGUGGGGUGAUUUGGUUGAGGCAUAUAUGAUAGAGGCUAAUUGGUACCACAAGGGGUAUAAACCUAGCUUUGAAGAAUACAUCAACAAUGCUUGGAUAACACUAGGAGGUCUCCCCAUCAUAUCCCACCUUUUCUUCCGGCUAACGGAUUCGAUCGAGGAGGAGGCUGUUGAGAGCGUGCAUAAAUACCACGAUAUUGUUCGUCUACUAUGUAUUAUUGGAAGGCUCGCUGACGACAUGGGAACAUCUCUGGAUGAGGGGAAGAGAGGGGACGUGCCAAAAGCAGUCCAGUGUUACAUGUAUGAGAACCAUGCUUCGGAACAAGAUGCGCGAAAGCAUGUUCGAUCACUGAUAGAGCAGACAUGGAAGAUGAUGAAUAAGGAAAUGAUGGAUUCUCCAUUUUCAACAUGCUAUGUAGAAGUUUGUGCUAAUCUUGCUAGAAUGGCACAACUUAUAUACCAGAAGGAAUCUGAUGGAUUCGGAAUGCAACACUCGGUGGUUAACAAACAGCUCAGAAGCUUGCUGUUCGAACCCUAUGAAUAAAAGAUCAAAUACUGUACUGCAGAUGCCUUCAAAGGCACUGUCUUGAGAUCUAAUCUGAUAUAUGAUAUAUUUUAAUUAUAAUAACAAUAAUCUUGUUGUGUUGUGA